AUGGAAUUAUAUCAUUAGUUUUUUACACUUGGUCAGUUCCCAUUAAAUCAUAAAUUUUAAAAGAUACUGAAAUAGUUGCUUUAUUAAUUUGUAAUUAUAGUGAUAGAAGAGGACUUCUUGAACAUGUUCGAACAGGUGAUGGAAAAACUCUUAUUGUAGGAUUAACUGCUUUAUUACUAGCUUUAUACCGAAGCUUUAGCUAUCAUAUUUGUAAUGAAAAUGAUGAAGUUAAUCAUCAAUCUGAUACAUCAGAUUUAAAUUCACUUCAAUGUAAUAUUGUUGAUGAAGAUGUUGAAGCAUUUCAACGCGAUAUUUUUGAAGAAUUUAAUAAUUAA